AUGCGAAGACUUAUCGCAGUGUUUUUCAUGUUGGUUCAUGUGCCAGGGCUUCAGGCGGACAAGCCAGUUGCAGCCAAGAUACACGAUGUCAACAUUGCUCAUGGCAAAGCUUUUCAAAAUCAGCGCGUCCAGGACCUUGCCGCUGCUGCAGUUUCGAGCUCAACCGCUCAUCCGUCGACGGUAGCUGCUAGUUCAAGUCAUCCCAUCACGUCUCCGGCUCCCAAAUCGUCAUCAAGUUCAAUACGCUCCUCCUUGUCCUCCAAGUUAUCGGCGUCGAGUGUAUCUGGCACCGUUGGCCUUCCUGCGGCAACUGGAGCCGUUUCAUUCCAAAUAUACACGCCAGACGAAUUGCCCUCCGCCCCAGCGCCGCCCAGUGCAUGUGCCAGUGCACUGACCGCCAGCGUCGCGUGUAAUGACACUAUACAGUUGUUAGGAGGAAACCCUUGGUUCGAUGCGCCAUCUCUUACAGCUAUGUGUACUUCGACUUGCAUGGACUCGUUGGCAGCAUAUCGUUCGGCUGUGGUCAAAAGUUGCGGGACAUAUCUGAUUCCGGGGCCAAACAACGUGUCCUAUGCCGCGACUCUGGCUGUGGACACAAUUUCCGGACCAUAUGCCGUUUCGUGUCGGCAGGAUUCGAGCACCCAUGCUUUCUGUAACACGGUUCUCGAUUCAUUCGGACCUACGCCCCCGCAAGGCAUCCUCGCAUAUCCAACAUCAGAACUUUGUUCGUCUUGUAUGCUCGGAACGCUCAACUCGACGUUAUCGAACCCAAUCACCUUCUAUCCCGACUUCUACUCGGAAUUGCAGUCAGCCCUGAAGAUCUGUGGAAGCGCAUUCAACUCGUACAAUGUAACCUCGCCGCCAGGGAGUGGCCCCCUCUUUCAGUCUACUGGACCCUCAGGCGGUCCGAGCGGAUCUAAUGAUACCAUCGACGCAACUUGUGCUUUGACCGGUCGAAACGUGACCACCACUAAUGCGAAUUCAACGUGCACAACUAUUGCCUCCCAGUUCUCUGUAGGUUGGUAUGAUAUCCUCGCCAACAACCCCACCAUUCAAGCAGUCAAUUGUACGGCGGGCGUCGGUAGCGGAACAAAACUAUGCCUCCCACAGGCUUGUACCACAUACACUCCGGCAACAAAUCAAACUUGCGAAGACAUUGUCGCCUCGGCCAACAAGAUUCUCGCUUCAUCGAACCAGAGCAUUACGACAACCCAACUGAUCAGCUUUAAUCCGACGCUGGAUACGGGCUGUGCCCAUGUUAGCAGAUCGUGGGGAUUGAGUUUAUGCAUCAGUCCGCAUGGAGGGUUUCCAGACGUGACUGCUGUGGACGAUGGGCCACCACCUGUCCCUACGGCGACAGCUAUUGUACCCCCACCUGGCCCGACUCCCCCGGGCACAACUUCUAACUGUGGGGCGUGGUAUUUCGUCCAGCCUGGCGAUUUUUGUACCAAAGUCGCUCUCAACAAUUCGAUAACUCUAGAUGAUCUCAUCGAGUUGAACCCCAUGCUGAAUCCGCAAUGCACAAACCUCUGGGCCUCUACAUGGUAUUGCGUUGCGGCAUAUCCACCACUCGUCGGCGGUGUCCCUCCCAUUCCGACCGGAGUUGGCUCUUUUAGUAUGGGGACAAUCGCGUUGCCGUCUGCGACUCCGGAACCACCGUUCCCUUACCCAACCGGCUAUUCUCCUGCCCCACCAAAUGUAGCGAAUGGAACAAUUACGACGGGCUGUCAGUCGUGGUAUACUGUCCAAAGUGGCGAUAAUUGCACAUCCGUCGAGACUUUAUUCGCCAUUGACGACGGCAACUUUACAACGUAUAACGAGGACCUCAAUAAUCCGUGUCCUAAACUUACCGUUGGCUCGGCGGUUUGCGUGUUGGUAACCAACAUUACCCAGACUAUCCCGCCCGUUCCGACCAAUGCCGCGUCUGGAUCAGGUCCCAACGGCUGUAUGCGUUGGUAUACCAUCAUCUCCGGAGACGGCUGCGCAUCGGUCGAAUCCAAAUUCAAGUUGACUCAGUCCCAAUUCUUCACGCUGAACCCAGAGCUUGCACCAUCUUGCACAAACCUUGCGUUACAGGAGGCGUAUUGCGUGAAGGGGCUCCCCAGCGCGCCACCGACCGGUCCACCUGCCGAUUUAGAACCCGGAAGCUGGAGUAACUGUACCACUUAUUAUACCGUGCAAUCGGGCGAUAACUGCAAUUCAAUUGAAUCUAAGUUCAAUAUCUCUUUCAGCGACUUCUUGCACUGGAACCCCGAGGUCAGCACGACUUGCGGAAAUCUUGCGCUGGCGAGCUACUGCGUUGGUACUUCUGGCGCCUGCGAGCAGAAGUACACCGUCGUCAGCGGGGACUCCUGUGGUGCUAUCGAGAGUAAGACCGGGAUUUCUGACGCGGCUCUGCACACAUUGAACCCGUGGAUUGACUCCAAUUGCGCCAAUAUUCAAAUCGGCCAAUCGGUGUGUAUCAAGAACAGCGCAGUUGGCCCGCCCACCAAUCUGGAACCAGGAAGUUGGAACAACUGCACAUCUUACUACAACGUUCAAUCCGGCGAUAACUGCAACCUUAUCGAGUCCAAGUUCAACAUCUCAUUCAGCGACGUGCUCAGAUGGAACCCCGAAAUAAGCUCCACCUGUGGAAAUCUUGCCCUCGCUAGCUAUUGCGUCGGUGUCGCUGGUGGCUGUCAGCAGACAUAUACGGUCGUCAGUGGAGAUAGUUGCGGUGCGAUUGAGAGUAAGACGGGUGUGUCAGAUGUUUCGCUCCAUACCUUGAACCCGUGGAUCAACUCUGCAUGCUCGAACAUUCAAAUCGGCCAAGCCCUCUGCGUUAAGAACACAAAUGUCGUUCCGGUCGGGCCGCCGGCGAAUUUGAAUCCCGGGAGCUGGUCGAAUUGCACCACCUACUAUAACGUGCAAUCCGGAGACAACUGCAACGUCAUUGAAUCCAAGUUCAAGAUCGGGUUCUCCGACGUGCUGCGCUGGAACCCUGAAAUAUCUACAACGUGUAGCAACCUUAACUUGGCGUCGUACUGCGUCGGGGUGGCUGGCGGCUGCGCUAAGCUGUACACGGUUGCGAGCGGAGACUCUUGUGGUGGGAUUGAAAGCAAGACAGGUGUCAGUGAUGCCACGCUACACGCGGAGAAUUCGUGGAUCAAUAGUGCAUGCACGAAUAUUCAGGUUGGGCAGAACAUUUGUGUGUAA